AGCCCAGCCCACUUCCCAAUUCCCUGCUGUGCCCCAUGGCCAGCAGCACAUGUCAGAGGCUUUCCCAAAGGCCUCCGUGUCCCGCCUGUUGGGGAAGCCCCUGACUUUCUCUCUGUCUGAGGUCAACUCUCAGCUCUGUCCUGGUUGGAGGGAAGAGAUUUCCAGGGUGGCGCCCAGAGAGUGGUAGAGGCCAGAGUCUGGCAACCAAUGAGCCUUUUGGACAAUUGGCAGCCGGCACCAUGGAGAUUGUGUACGUGUACGUCAAGAAGCGCAGCGAGUUCGGGAAGCAGUGCAAUUUCUCUGACCGCCAGGCCGAGCUGAACAUCGACAUCAUGCCCAACCCUGAGCUGGCCGAGCAGUUCGUGGAGCGGAACCCAGUGGACACAGGCAUCCAGUGUUCGGUCAGCAUGUCGGAACAUGAGGCCAACACAGAGCGGUUUGAGAUGGAGACCCGGGGAGUUAACCAUGUCGAGGGGGGCUGGCCCAAGGACGUGAACCCCCUGGAGCUGGAGCAGACCAUCCGUUUCCGGAAGAAGGUGGAGAAAGAUGAGAACUACGUGAACGCCAUCAUGCAGCUCGGCUCUAUCAUGGAGCACUGCAUCAAGCAGAACAAUGCCAUUGACAUCUAUGAAGAGUAUUUCAACGACGAGGAGGCCGUGGAAGUGAUGGAGGAGGCCCCUUCAGCUAAAACCAUCAAUGUUUUCAGGGACCCCCAGGAAAUAAAGAGGGCUGCCACACACCUCUCCUGGCACCCUGAUGGCAACAGGAAGUUGGCAGUGGCAUACUCCUGCUUGGAUUUUCAGCGGGCGCCUGUGGGCAUGAGCAGCGAUUCAUACAUCUGGGACCUGGAAAACCCCAAUAAGCCUGAACUUGCUCUGAAGCCAUCAUCUCCACUUGUUACCUUGGAGUUCAACCCCAAAGAUUCCCACGUGCUCCUGGGUGGCUGCUACAAUGGACAGAUAGCCUGCUGGGACACCCGAAAGGGCAGCCUGGUGGCGGAGCUAUCCACCAUUGAGUUCAGCCACCGAGACCCUGUGUAUGGCACCAUCUGGCUGCAGUCGAAGACGGGCACCGAGUGCUUCUCAGCAUCCACGGAUGGGCAGGUCAUGUGGUGGGACAUCCGAAAGAUGAGUGAGCCCACUGAGGUUGUGAUCAUGGACAUCACCAAAAAGGAGCAGUUGGAAAAUGCCUUGGGGGCCAUCUCCCUGGAGUUCGAAUCUACUUUGCCCACCAAGUUCAUGGUGGGGACUGAGCAGGGCAUCAUCAUCUCCUGCAACCGCAAGGCCAAGACGUCAGCUGAGAAGAUUGUGUGCACCUUCCCGGGCCAUCAUGGCCCCGUCUACGCCCUCCAGAGGAACCCCUUCUACCCGAAGAACUUCCUGACAGUUGGUGACUGGACAGCCCGCAUCUGGUCUGAAGACAGCCGGGAAUCGUCCAUCAUGUGGACCAAGUACCACAUGGCUUACCUCACUGAUGCCGCCUGGAGCCCCAUAAGGCCGGCCGUUUUCUUUACCACCAAGAUGGACGGAACCCUGGACAUCUGGGACUUUGUGUUCAAGCAGUGCGACCCCGCCCUCAGCCUGAAGGUGUGUGACGAGGCCCUCUUCUGCCUCCGAGUGCAGGACAAUGGGUGUUUCAUCGCCUGCGGAUCCCAGCUGGGGACAACCACCCUGCUGGAGGUCUCGCCUGGGCUCUCUACCCUCCAGAGGAAUGAGAAGAACAUAGCCUCUUCUAUGUUUGAGCGUGAGACCCGGCGAGAGAAGAUCCUGGAGGCCAGGCACCGGGAGAUGCGGCUGAAGGAGAAGGGCAAGGCGGAGGGCAGGGACGAGGAGCAGACGGACGAGGAUCUGGACAUAGACCUGGAGGUGCUGGUCAGCAGGGCUGAGGAGGAGUUCUUCGACAUCAUCUUCGCAGAGCUGAAGAAGAAGGAGGCAGACGCCAUAAAGCUGACGCCAAUGCCUCAGCAACCAAGUCCAGAGGAAGACCAGGCAGUGGAGGAGGGAGAGGAAGCAGCGGGGGAAGGAAAGAGUGAAGAAGUGGAAGAAGAUUUAGCCUAGAAGUCAGCCUUCGACUGCGGCGCUGUCCCUGUGUGCCUUCCUUUCCCACCUCUUGACCCUCAACCAGACUUGCAUGGCCAUGGCAGGGCCUCAGGAAGACCUUCGGGAGCGGGGAAGGGUUUCUCCUCCAUGAUCGACCCUCCUCGUCCACCUACAAAUCAGGGAAGUCUGUCCACUUUGAAAAUGCCUUUCCAGGCAGUUCCCUGACCAUCUGGACACAUUGCCACGACAGGAGCCUCCAAGUGUGUGGGAGGGGACGGGCGGGACGAGCUUGGCUGUUCUGCUGCAACUGAAUGCUUUCUGUUAUCCGAAUUCUUGUAAAAUUAAAUGAAUCAUAACAAUGCCAUGA